AUGACAAGCCUUGCGCACGAAGAAAACUCCGACGCUGACUCUGAUCUUGAGGAGCUCCAGGGAGAUAUUGCGAAAUUCGACGAAUCUGUCCGCGAAUUUUUAGCAUCGCAUGGAAGCAGUGGGGAUGGCCAGACGUACGAUAGACCGACCCGCGGAGGGAGGGGAUCUCGAGGUCCGAGAAAAGCAGCAAAGCCUCGAGGCGACAUCACUGCGCGUCUGUCCAGGGUAAACCAGGCCUUCUUGACCGGUGAUUACGAUCGCGCUUUGGAGCUCGUAUCGGAAGUAAUCAGAAUCAACGCGGAGACAUUUCAAGCAUGGACGGCACUCGCUUCAAUCUUCAGGGAGCAGGGCGAGCUAGAUCGCGCUCUCGCAGCGAUGAUGUAUGCUGCACACCUGCGACCCAAAGAUAUCGGCGGCUGGCUUUCAUGCGCGUCAUAUGCACUCGACAAUGUCGGGGGUAAUGAAGAGGCAAAUAUGAAAACCGCCCGACUUUGCUUCUCAGCAGCUCUGAGAGCCGACCCCCAGAACCGGGAAGCAAGACUAGGCAAGGCAGCCGUCUGUCACGACCAAGGUCACUACUCGCAAGCAAUAUUGGAAUACAACUACCUAUUGAGGCAAAGACCGGCAGAGCUUGACAUUGUUCGAAAAUUGGUGGAAACAUGCGCCGAUAAUAAAGAGAACCCAGCCGCUGCUGCAUCUGCAAAAACAGCAUACCGGCGCUUUUUUGACCUUGUGAUUCCGUCCGGAGCUGGAGAUAGAUUUGAAGGACUCUGGUACGAUAUUGGCAUCUACAUAGAUCUCUGUGCGUCAAGCGGUAGCUACCGCGGAACAAUCAAAGAACUCAAAGCCCUUGCCAGGUGGAUGGUUGGGCGGGCGUCCGAGGAGUACUGGGAUGAGAUUCAAGAUGAUGACCGUGAAUGGGAUCUGGACAAUAGCAGGCGAAGCCAAUGCACUGAUUUCGACGAGUCAUCAUUCUCGCCAUCGCUAUAUGGAGCAUCAUUACCACUAGAUCUCAGAAUGAGAUUGGCCAUCCUACGCCUUAGACUUUUGGAAAAGCAAGAAACGAUGGUACACCUGGAGUUCCUCGACCCUUCCGCACAGACUACCAGAGACUUCAUCAGCGAAUUUCCUUCCGUCGCAUAUGACCUUGCCGAGGAACUCCUGAAGAGCGGUAUUACAGACGUCGCCACAAAGGUACUAGAGAUAUUCCGGGAUGUUUCGGAGGUUCCAGAGUCUGCUGUAUUACUGCAGCUCGGCCGAUGCUACAUUUUGACUGGGGAGCAGCCAAAGGCGGAGGAGUGUUUUCUUGCCGCCCUCGAUGUCGAUGAAGAUUCUAUAGAUGCUCGCAUUGAGUUGGCAAACAUGUACGAAAAGGCCAAAGAAGGCGAAGAGGCUCUCAUUUUGGCAGCAGAAGCCAUGGCGUUGCAGGAUGCGCAACAUCAUCAGGCCGGCCAUGGAAGAGGGGAUAUCACCAGCCGUUUGGCCAGCCACCAGGAGGAAUUGCGACGUCGUCUUUCACAGAAUGAUCAAAGUGUUGUCAACAGUGGACCGAGUAAGCAAUCGCGCGUUCCGAGGCGUUACCGGCCCAAGAGACUAGCCGGUGCCGAUACGCUGCGCCAAGACGAGCAGGCUCGUGCUCUCAAGUUGUCGAAGCAAUAUGAAAUUGUGAGAGAUCUAAAACUUCGGAUCUCUGAAGGACAGAUCAAUCUCAAUGACGAGUGGAUGAGUGCCUCGCGAGAUCUAGUCGACGACUUCAGAUCACUGAAGCGAUUUUACUCCUGGGACAAGUACCUCCACUUUCUUCGAAAAACACCAGCAUCUAUACAGACAACUUCACAAGCACCGGAAAGUGAACUGUCCCAGAUGUAUGAGCGCUUGACACGAUCCCUCGCGCCACAGGCAGACAGCAACAUGGCUGGCGGCCAGCCAGGAAUGCAUCAGGGCAUUUCUUUUGACAACUGGCUGAAUAUUUUCCUGGAUUACGCCAUCGGACUUGCGAUGAAGCACCAGCGGGAAGAAGCUUAUCAGGUGUGCGAAGCUGCCAAAGACUCCGUCGUCUUCCAGGCUUCAAAUCAUGAGUUCCUCAUCCACAUCGCAUGGACCGUUUGUGCUAUCUACACCAACGACGAAGAGAGAUGUGUCGCGAUUGCUAGACAUCUGAUGAGAGAUGGUGUAAUGACCGACGCGCAUCGAAUGUUUGCCCUGCUCUCAAAACUAUGCCAGUCACCUGUUUCUUGGUAUACUUCGGGGCCGGCGCAGAAGUUUAUUCUACGUCAGAUCCGGGCCAUCGACAACAGCUACGAGGAGCUUUUUGCCACAAAGUUCGAUUCCUCUGACGCUGGAGACAAGACAUUCUUGAAAAUCAACAUGGAUGUAUGUCUUCUAAUGCUCUACGGUCACAUAUUGUUUACAUCGACGAGCUAUACGUAUGCCAUCAGUUAUUUUUUACGCGCGAGAUCACUUGAUCCAAGUAAUCCUAUGGUGAAUCUUAGCUUAGGCUUGGCUUAUGUCCAUUAUGGGCUGAAAAGACAGUCUACAAAUCGUCAAUAUCUUCUUCUGCAAGGGCAAGCUUUCAUUAGUCAGUACCUUGAGGCAGGCGAAGGCAAUGGAGCAAGACCGCUUGCAGAAAGAUAUUACAACACUGGGCGGCUUUUUCAGCUUCUGGGCCUCAGCCAGUUAGGCUCUAAUCUCUAUUCCAAAGCGAUUGAGGCCAACGAUGCGGCAGAGCAACGCAAUACUGACAUUGACACUCUGGUAGCCGUUAACAAUUUCAUGGCGUCCAUGGCCGUUGGAAAUAAAACGGCUGCAUUUUCUCUGCUGAAGAAGAAAUUGAUACUGUAA